CUCUCUUGUUGAAAGCCGGCCAUUCCCUUUACAUAUAUACUCCACUCUUCAUUCCUCCACCGUACAACCCUUUCACUAAAUACUACUCUGCUCUUUCUUUACAUUCUGUAUUUCUGUUCAAAACCUAUGAAAGAAAGAGUGGAAGAAUGUGAAAGAAGAAAGCAAAGAUGGAUAGGCUAAUAGGUUUAGAACCAUCAAAUGUUGUGAUAGUGAGAAUUGAGGCAGGAAUCAAGUGUUACGGCGAGGUAACAUUAAGAAAUGUUAUGUAUACCAUGCCGGUGGCGUUCCGCCUUCAGCCGGCGAACAAGAGCCGGUACACCGUCCGGCCCCAGUCGGGGAUCAUAUCUCCUCUUAACGCUGUUACCCUUGAGAUCGUUUAUCAUCCCCCUCCCGGAACUCUGUUGCCGGAAACUUUUCCCCAUUCCGACGACUCGUUUCUCCUGCACAGUGUCGUCGCCCCGGGGGCGGCGGUGAAGGACGCCAAGACAGCCUCGGAGUCGUCUGUUCCGAAUGAUUGGUUUACCACUAAGAAGAAACAGGUUUUCAUUGACAGUGGGGUGAAGAUCAUGUUUGUCGGCUCCCCUGUUUUGGCGGCGGUCGUGUCGAAUGGCCGCAUGGAUGAGAUUCGAGAGGUGUUGGAGAAGAGUGAUCCGUCGUGGAAGGCGGCGGACGCGGUGGAUGGCGACGGCCAGACGCUGCUUCACUUGGCUAUCGCGCAACGCCGGCCGGAUCUCGUGCAAUUACUGCUGGAAUUCGGGCCGGAUUUGGAGGCUCCGAGUAGGCCGUUGGGAUCGAGCCCGCUUGAGGCGGCGGCGGCUUCGGGGGAGUCGUUAAUCGUGGAGAUCUUACUGGCGAACCGGGCCAGCACGGAGAGAUCGCAACCGUCGGUUUUAGGCCCGGUUCAUCACGCCGCCGGGAACGGCCACAUUGAGGUUUUACGCCUCCUUUUACUAAAAGGCGCAAACGUGAAUGCACUCACAAAAGACGGCGACACCGCCUUGCACCUCGCGGUGGGGGACCGGCGAAGGGACUGCACGCGCCUCUUGUUAGCCAGCGGCGCAGUAACAAACCUCCGAAAUUCGCGGGACGGCAACACUCCCCUGCACAUAGCCGCGGGAAACGGGGACGAGCCCACGGUGAGGCUCUUACUCCAAAACGGAGCCGAGAAGAACACCAGAAACAAGUACGGGAAGACAUCCUACGACGUCGCGGCGGAGAACGGCCACAACCGCCUCUUCGACGCCCUCCGUCUCGGCGACAACCUAUGCGCGGCCGCCAGAAACGGAGACGUCGGCGCCAUCCAAAAGCUGCUCCACCACGGAGCCAACGUGAACGGGCGGGACCAGAACGGCUGGACCGCUCUCCACCGAGCGGCAUUCAAGGGCCGGAUCGAGGCGGCGAGGGCACUAAUCGACAACGGAGUGGACGUCAACUGCAGAGACGAGGAAGGCUACACGGCGCUGCACUGCGCCGUGGAGUGCGGGCACGCCGACGCGACGGAGUUGCUGGUGAAGAAGGGGGCCGACAUAGAUUCCAGGACCAACAAAGGCGUCACCGCGUUACAAAUUGCAGAAUCGUUGCAUUUUUCGGGGAUUACGAGGAUACUAGUACAAGGAAGUGUGUUCAAAGACAUGAAUUCUAACGGUGUAAACGCGAACUUAAUCAUGCAAUCUGGAAACACAGUUCGUAAGGAGAAGAUGGAGAUAGGAACGAUGAAGAAGAAGGUAAUCGGAGCAAGAGUUCGACCACGUGGUAUCCCGGUGGUUUGAACUUUGAACAAAGAAUCGAACCUUGGCAGAUUGUUUAACUGUGAUUUAGUGAUUAUAUGUGUAUGUAAUAUGUAUUAUAUUCAUUCGAUUAUUAGUUGCAGUGCAAUUGUGUUAUUCUAUAAAAUUGAUUAAUAAAAAUUAUAAUCAG